AUGAAUAUUUUACAAGAAAAGUGUAUUUUACUUUUUAUUCCAAUUUUUUUUAAUUUUAUUUUUUCAGAAAGACUAGAGCACAAAAAUAUAAUUUACACUAUCAUUAGUCAAAACAAUUUUAGACAUGAAGAGAGGGCAUUAAAAUUAAAAUAUAAUAUUGAGAAGCAAACAAACUUUUCUAGUAAAGUUUAUUUAACUCAUAAAGAUUUUACACAUGUAGGAGCUUGGACUGUUUUACCAGUUUUACCCAUGCUGUGGAAAAAACAUAAACAGAAGUUUACAUGGGUAUUCUUUUGCACUGAUGAUACUAAAGUAGACACUGAAAAACUGAAAGAAAUAUUAGAAAAUGCAAAACCUAAUACUACAUUUAUCGGUCGUGGAUUACAUGACAAGGCACCCACAAUUAUACAUCACUUUUAUGCAUCUACAAAAUUUAAGUAUCCAUUACUACCUGCAGGUUUUGCAUUGCAUUAUAAUUUAGUCAGUUUAUUAUUAGAAACAAUUUUAAGUGAAGAAUUUAAGGGAAAUACAGAUUUUUCUAUUGAUGCUUCUUAUGAAUUAGCCAAGUUUAUAAAAGAUUAUGGAAAUGGUACAACUUUAACAUCAACUCCUUAUUUUUGUAUAAAUCAUAAAAAAUAUUGUGCUACUCACAUAAAAAAUAAUUUUAUUUGUGAUCAAAAACCAGUAGAUUUAGAAAAUAUAUAUUUCGCUGUAAAAACUUGUCAAAAAUAUCAUUUAGAUAGAAUUCCUGUCGUGAUGAAAACCUGGGCUCAAAGGCCUUACCACAUCACAUUUUACAGUGAUGUUUAUGAUAAAAGUAUUCCUACUGUACAACUUAAAGUUCCUAAUACUGAGCAAGGACAUUGUGGAAAAACUCAAGCCAUAAUAUCUGAAAUUAAAAAAAAAAUGGAGGUAAAUGAAUUGUUAGAAUGGGCUGUGAUCAGUGAUGAUGAUACACUAUUUAGUACUUACAGGUUACAAGAACUCUUGGGUUGUUACAAUAGUAAUGAACCUAUUGCAAUAGGUGAAAGAUAUGGAUACAAUGUUUUUUCAAACUAUGGAUAUAAUUACUUAACUGGAGGAAGUGGAGUUGUUUUAAGUAGACCAGCUAUAAUGAAAUUUUCAUCAAAUAAUUGUGAAUGUCCUUCUAAUUCAACACCUGAUGACAUGUUUUUAUUAGGCAUUUGUUUUCAGCAACUAAAUAUUACAAUUAUACACAUACCUUUGUUUCAUCAGGCAAGACCUAAUGAUUACAGUGAUGAAUAUUUAAUGAUUGGCCCACCGAUUUCUUUUCAUAAACACUGGAUGAUUGAUCCAAUUCAAGUUUACAAUGAAUGGUUUCAUUUGUCAGAUUUACUGUCAAAAAAAAAUAAUUAUCAUACUGAACUAUAG